AUGCCUGCCGCCGGCCUCAAGACCAUCAUCGCCCUCUCCUUCGUCCUGGCAGUCGGCUUCCUCCUCGUCAUCCUCUCCUGCGCCCUCUUCGACUCGUACUUUCCCCUCCUGGUUGUUGCCACCUAUGUAAUUGCUCCGAUCCCCAACUGGAUCUGCAGCCGGUGCUCCAACCCAGAUGACUUUGUUGAGAGCUCUGGCGGUGCCGUCCUCGACCUUGGCCGUUUCUGCACUGGCUUCUUUGUUGUGAUGGGAAUGGCUCUUCCCAUUGUCCUCGCCCACGCCGACAUCAUCCGCGUCGAAGCCAUGAUCAUGUCCGUCUUCGGCGGUCUCCUCAUCUACGGGACCAUAAUCAGCUUUGGCAUGUUUUUCCAGGAGGAGCAAGAGUUUUAG